AUGAAGCGCAAGUUCCCGCUCAAUCUCGCGCCCAUUGUGAGCUCUCUCGCGCCUGCUGCUCCGCUGCGCCCCGAGCUGACCAUGGCCGCCCAGAAGGUGCCCUCCAAGCAGGAAACCAGGGCGCUCAAGGAGUCGCUGGCCACGCGCGACAUCUCCACGCCCUCGUCGCCCUACGUCAACCGCCGCAUUCUUUCGUCCGCGCUCGAGUCCGAGUUGCGUGCUGCCUGCGAGGCCGUCCUCAACGAAGAUGGCAACUCGUACGGCGCCGCUGCCGCCCUGCAGGCCCAGGAGUCCAAGAUGGCCAGUGAUUUCCACGCCCUCCAGCAAUCAAUGAAGGCUAUGGAGCAGGCCCAGCAGCAGACCGGACACCGCCGCACCGGAAGCCACCCGCCCCCCAAUCCCUUGCCGCGCCGCGACCACCAGGCCCAGGAGACGACUGCUCGAUUGCCGCCCAAUGCUUUCUCGUAUAAACCGGAUUCCGCCCUGCAAGACCUGUUUCCUGGCCAAAGUUCCAACCCUGUCCAAGCAAACACGGGCCGUAGGAGAGAGAUCCACGGGACUGCCCACGAAAAAUCCUCGCGUAGCGUCUCUGGCAGACAUCGGGAGCAGCAGCAGCAGCAACAGGACCACAGCGCGGGCCGGCAUGCGGCAUACGAACGGCCGAGCACUGCCCCCAUUGGUCGGGGACUGGAUUCUCCCGACACCAACUAUUCAACACCCAUGAGUGCUUCCACGAUGGACCACCACCGUAACUAUGCCUCCACUGCCAUGACGUCGACCGAGCCGUCACGGGCAUCCAAGCGCAACUCGAACCAUAUAUUUAGCGACGAAGAGGCCGCAUCGCGCGCUGAUGCCGCUGCAUCGUCUUGGAUGAGGCAAGAGUACGAGCGCCGAAAAGAGAGCGGAGGGGAUCGUCGUCCGUCAUCGAGAGCGAGUAGGGCGGGAAGUGUGACUAGGAGCAUCAAGUCGGAGAUCAAGGAGUAUUUCCGCCCUGGUUCAUCAGGGAUAAGCAGAGCAACGUCAAGGGAAUCUCUUCGCAGCCGGGAAUCAGACGCAACUGCUGCACACGCACCCGUGGCGCAUGGGUGGCGCAGUUGGGGCUUGCAACGACGGCCUAGCGACCAAAGCCUCAACAGCCGAUCGUCCAGCGUCAGGGGUCGCGGUGACGCUAGGAACAAGGAGGGCAAGAAGGAGUUAAACCUCAACCGCGAGCUGCCUCCUUUGCCAAGCCUGGACCAGUGGAAGGAGCCGAAGGAAGAGGAGGAUGCGCCGGCGCAUUUCGUCCCCGUGCACAAGCCGACCAGCCCGACGCACAUUGCGAAUCUGAUGCAGACGCCUCCGAAGGUGCGGCCGCGGAGAGAACACAUCGCUCACCAACACUCAGUUGAGAGAAGGCAGAGACGGCAAGAAGAUGGCCCACGAAAGCCUUCAGUGCAGACGCAGGCGCGACCGGGCAUUCGAGCCGUCAGCUCUGAUCCUGAAGUCCCCAUGCACUUCCGCCCCCGGACGGAUGAAUCACUCGCACGAGACCUUGCCCAGUCCCACGAGCUCAUGUCAAUAAGCCACGGGUCCAGCAAUGAGGCAAUCAACAGGAGCAGCCCGUCGCUGGUCGACAGCGGACACAGCCCGGAUGAACAUUGCCAGAGCCGCAAGCCGAGCAUGAAGAUCAGCAUAGACCAUUUCGGGGGGGAGCCACCAAACUUCAGCAAGAAGAUCCGGUCGGAGCAGGGUGGGCAGCAACACGGGAAAGAACAACGGUACAAGUACAAGGCGGAGAUCAAAGCGAACAACACGCUGGCGAACGGGUCGCCGGGCAACGUGAAGGGGCUGAAGAGGAUGUUCAGCCAUUUCGGGCUGGGCGGGAAGCGGGAGAAGAAGGAGACGUGGAUGGACAAAUUCGAGAAGGACGGCGUCAAGGGCGGGGUUCUGGUUCACGAUGAAGCAGCAGGCGCACCGGUGGUGCGUUACUGA